CCUCCACCUCCACCAACUACUAAAAAGUGCCGAGGAAAUAGAACAAGAAAGAGAGUUCUUUGCCAAGUUGUCCCACGAAGAGCAAAAGAAAAUGGUUCUCUGUAUCGCGUCCACCGUAAGCCCGACGACAUGUUGUGCUGCAACAGGUCGAAGGUCAGCCGCGUCUUUCUUUCUGCCGUCAUUGCGUUCUUCUGCACGUCGUACACCACGCACUCGACAAAUUGCGGGGCUUGGGUUUUCGGGAACUCGUCGACUGUCGUCCUCCAGUGCAUUUGCAGACACCAGAAGCGCACCUUCUUCUGCAGCUUCGAAAGUGCAUUUGCACCAAGAAAAAACUGGGGAACAGCAGAAAGUGGUGGUCGAAAUAACCGCAAGUUCGGUACGUCGUUUACGCGAAAUCACAGGCUCGUCCAUUGGCGAAUGUCGACGUGCUUUAGUGGAGACGGGGGACAACAUAAAUGCAGCCCUCGAUUGGCUAAAGUGUCGAAAUGUCGUAGCCGCGAAGACUUAUGAUGAAAAGAUUUCUCUAGAAGGUAGAUAAGCAUAAGGUUCCUAGUAUUAGUACUGAACACAAGAUAAAUAUUGCAAUGAGUAGUUCUUCAUCUAAGAGACUCGAUGGGAAAAACAUUUGGGUGGAAAUAAUAGUGCGACGGGAGAUAGUGCGGACAAAAUGAAAGGAGUACUGGAACAUCAGCGUCAGCACCUUCCGGAGAGCAUUGUGGCUAUGGCAACAGCGCCCUCUAAGGCUGGAAUCACUAGCUGCUUGCUCCGUCUCGGUGCAGAGACUGACUUCGUCGUCCGAAACGCUGACUUUCAGAAUACAGCACUUGAUUUGGCAAAGCAAUCGACUGAAGAAAGUUCUUCAACAGAAAAAUCGACUGAAGAAAGUUCUUCAACUCCUUCAACUUCAACAUCUACCUCAGCAAUAGUAAGCGACAAAAAAGAACACGAUAAUUGUGCUUUCAAAGAAACAACCGACCAAUUGUCAGGACGUGUUGGGGAGAGUGUCCGAGUUCUCGAUGCACUUAUACUGUCAGGAGAGCACGUCUUUGGUUAUGUUCAUCGAGUUGCUGAGAAAGAUGCGCAAAACUGUGGUCGCGUAGGGGCUUUGGUUUCGCUGGUAGUAGAUGCGGUGAAGACAGCAGAUGUGGGCGCAUGCGAGUCUAGUCAAUUACAACGAGAAGCUGCAGACGUCGUUAUUGCAGAAGUGGGUCCCAAAAUUGCGCGCCACGUGGCAGCUAUGCGACCGCGUUACAAGGUCAAAGAAGACGUUCCCGCAGAUUUAGUCGAGUCUGAGCGUCAGAUAUGUAGAGCACAACUCGGAGCGAAGGACCUACCACAAAAAAAACUUGCUGAGGUGGUAGAGAGGAAGAUGGGGAAAUUCUACUCUCAAGAGGUUCUUUGUGAACAGAGCUUCCUCUACGACGAAAAUUUAACAGUGGGGGAGUAUUUGAAGGCACGAGGACUCAGGGUCGAGGAGUUCAAGCUAUUGGCAUGUAGCUAAUACCUAAUAGAUUUGAACCUGGACCAUGAUGAUGCACUCAUAGUUUAAUAUCAGCGUGGAUGCUCCUCGGCACGCUCGAAGAUUGUGAAUAUUUGAUAAUCGCUUUCGCUAAGUAGCAAUGAUCAUGGGCGGAGCAGUACUUGAGGAUACGCAAGCAUCUUAUAUUGCAACAAG